UUUGCAAAUUGCAUUUUCUUGGCAUUUUGAAGUGAGCUAUAGACAAAAAUAUACAUAAGUUCCGGGACUGAAUGAUAUGAAUAUACUAACUGUACUCUUCUUUAGAGAAGCCAGUAUCUCGAUUGGGCGUGUUCCUUUAAUCUCUACUGACACAUCAUAGUCAUUUGGUGAUUAAGUACAACUUAACUUGUUGCAUAUAGCUCCUUUUAAUUAAUGUGUUGUGAACUAAAAAUGAUGUUGUGAUUAUCAUUCUGAAGUAUAAUCAAGUUAAUAUAGGCCUACUACUCAAUUAAUAGCUGUAAUUGAUUCAUUAUUAAAAUGUCUGGUUUUAUGCCAUUGUGUAAUAUUCAUUAUCGAUAGUUUAUUGAUUAUUUGUUUGAAAAAAGUUGGUUGAUGUGACAUACGCCACGCCCACUAUUCGAGUAGGUUGUGGCGUCCGAAUCAGAAAAGGGAUUGGAGUGGUCGGUAGGAUUUUAAGGAUGCCGAAAUCCACACUCAGCCAGGAUAAAUUACAGAUACUUGAGUCUUUGUGGGCAGAGGGAGUGCACAGUUACCGGAGUGAAAUGGACAAACUAAAAGUCAAGCAGGUUGCUGCAGCAACAGGCCUUGUGGUUGAGCAAGUAAAGGUUUGGAUUUACAACCGGAACAGGAAGAAGAGGAAGGGUGGUGAGGGGCAGAUGAAGAGGGAGCAGUCGAGUUCUGUGUUAAAAUCUCACAGCUUUUCUGAUGAAGGUAUAUUGUCCAGUGAUGGGGGUCAUACAACGACACCAGGCUCCCCUGUGGAGGCUACAUGUAGCGAAGCCGGACGGGAAGACUCAAACCGGGACAUGGACUUGCGGGAACUGGAGGAGGGAGAUGGGAGCUCUAGUUCAGGGGAGCAGCAGGAAAAAGGACAGGAUCUGCAGCAGCAUCAAGAGAGGGCCAUUGAGAUCAUGCAGGCUGUGGAGGAUCAGGUCCACAAGCUCAAUACGUGUAACUGUGAGGUGUUGGUGAUGGUCUACAACCACCACAGUGGAUCCCUCUACACCACCGGCACUGCUAAAGGCCUAGACUUUCUAAACUCCCAGACCCCUGCAGUUCACUGGCAGUUUUCUGAGGCCAUGUCCAACUCCUCCUCUGAAACGGUUACCGUUGAACAGGAUGUGUUCUGUAAAGAUACAUUUACACAUAUCGGUCCAUAAAUACUUCCACUUGAAUAUGUUAAUAAAGUGUGUUACUACUGUUGCAUCUUCUACUAUUAAGGAUGUUAACCCAUUCAUUUUUUAUAUCUUUUAUUUUAUGUUUUAAAAUUGAGCUGUAAAUAUUAUUGACCAAAUUGUUUAAUUGGGAAGAUCUAAUUUGGGUCUAUGUGGAGUGUUAAUGCAUUGCGUUGCAUGAUUGUCUAGGCAAACCAAGUGAUUUUUGUUGGAUUGUAUAAUGGGUGUCCUAUUUUGUACCGUUAUUGGUCGUUUUACUUUGAAAAACCUGGCCCGGAUAUGUUUAUUCUCCCGGAAAGAAACGUUCCCUGUGUUUACAACACGUGGGUUAGGCACAGAUCUACAGGCGUCAUAUGAAUUGUUGUGCUUGAUUGUCGGAUUAUGAACAAGUAAUUGUUACGGUGAUCGAAAACAGCAAUGAAGAACCGAGGAGGUGGCGGCGGGAUUGACGGGCGGCUCAAAGGCAGGGUGGAACAGUAUCUCAGCUCCAUCGACAGUGAGUACGUAGAUGUGGCAGCCAUGGCGCUCGAACUCCAGAAGACCUACAGGAUGGACUACGGCAGGAGGAAUAAGAUUGCCUUCAGGAUCCAGGUGGAGAAAGCUCAUGACAGUAUUCUGAAGGAGUCUCAAUUGGACGAUCUAGAGAGCAAGCACAUGGCCAAGAGAGCCAAGCACAGCCACAAUGACACUGGGGAUGACAGCAGCCUCUUAGAGGACAGCUCUGAUGCGGAUGAGGAGGACAUCCUAGACCCCUCGUCGGCCAAUCAUAUGAACAACUCCCUGAUGUCUCUCUACCGCCGGGGAAACCCAGACAGUGCCGGCUCCUCCCCUCGGCGGGAACAGCCCAAGGCCGGAAUCUCUGCCUCCACGCCCAGCGGCCAAACCCAAACCCCAGGGGGCGCCACAGGGGGCGCCACGGGGUGCGCCACAGGGGGCGCCACAGGGGGCGCCACCCAGGUCACCUCGGGAGGGUGGUUCAUCGACAAGGGCAAAACACCGGAACGACCCAACAUAUUGAUCGACCUGUGUGAAGAAGACGAGGCGUCCAGAAUCGAUCAGACAGAGACUGAUGUUUCCAUGCUGGAACCGGAAAAAACGCCCAAGAAAGGAAGGCUACCGAAACGGUCAAAGAAGCAGAAAAUGGAAAACGGAAAAAGUAAAAAGGACGACAAAGACAUCGAAGCAAGCAUCAUGAGCAAGAAAGUUCCAAACCGGUCCAAACUUCCCGAGCUGCAGUAUCCAACGCUCAAGUUUGAAGAUGUGGGAGGAAACGAGAAUACGUUGACGGAGGUGUGCAAGCUGCUGAUCCACAUGCGCCACCCGGAGGUGUACCAGCAGCUGGGAGUGGUCCCCCCCCGGGGGUUCCUCCUCCACGGACCCCCUGGUUGUGGCAAGACCCUGCUGGCCCAGGCUGUAGCCGGGGAGAUGGAGCUGCCCAUGCUGAAGGUGUCUGCUCCAGAGCUGGUGUCAGGGGUCUCCGGGGAGUCUGAGCAGAAGCUGCGGGAGCUGUUUGAGCAGGCCGUGACGAGCGCCCCGUGCAUCCUCUUCAUAGAUGAGAUCGACGCCAUCACCCCAAAGAGAGAGGUGGCCUCCAAGGACAUGGAGAGGAGGAUUGUGGCCCAGCUCCUUACCUGCAUGGAUGACCUGAACUCUCUGGAGGUGACGGUCCAGGUGCUGGUGAUCGGGGCCACCAACCGACCGGACUCCCUGGACCCGGCACUCAGACGGGCCGGCCGCUUCGACCGGGAGAUCUGCCUGGGCAUCCCCGACGAGGCCGCCCGCCUGAGGAUCCUGAAGACUCUGUGCAGGAAGCUGAAGCUCCCAGAAGACUUCGACUACAAGCUCCUGGCCAGGCUGACGCCGGGCUACGUGGGCGCCGACCUCAUGGCUCUCUGCCGCGAGGCCGCCAUGAGCGCCGUGAACCGGGUUCUCCUGGACCUGCAUGACCAAGCAACCAGGGACGCCACAACGGACCCAGAACCAGGACCAGGACCAGCGCUCGGGCCAGAACCGGGCCCUUCCCAGACAGAGGCGCCUCCCUUGGAGGUAAAGAUGGAAGAACCCCCUCCUGUCGUUGAGGCGGAGGGUGACCCUGAGCCCAUGGUCGAGGACCCCCCCACUGUUGACCCAGCAGAGGCUGAGCCGUCGGACCAAUCAGAAUGCCCGGAGGAGUCCAUACAGCUUGACGUCGUCAUUCCAGCCUCAGAACCCGUCGAGGUUGUUAAGGGGGAGCUGUGGCGCCUGCAGCAGCUGCUGAGGAGUGCUGAGCCUCUGUCUCCAGACCAGCUGGCCGGCCUCUCCAUCCUCCUGUCGGACUUCCAGGUGUCCCUGGCCAGCGUGCAGCCCUCGUCCAAGCGGGAGGGCUUCGCCACCGUGCCUGACGUCACCUGGGAGGACGUGGGGGCGCUGCUGGACAUCCGGGAGGAGCUGACCAUGGCCAUACUGGCUCCGGUGCGAUCUCCAGAACAGUUCAGGGCCCUUGGACUGAGUGCCCCAGCUGGGGUCCUUCUGGCCGGGCCCCCGGGCUGUGGUAAAACCCUACUGGCUAAGGCGGUGGCCAAUGAAUCAGGACUGAACUUUAUCUCCGUCAAAGGGCCAGAGUUGCUCAACAUGUACGUGGGAGAGAGCGAGCGGGCCGUUCGCCAGGUGUUCCAGCGUGGAUGCAACUCGGCUCCCUGCGUCAUCUUCUUUGACGAGAUCGAUGCGCUUUGCCCUCGCCGCUCCGGCCACGAGUCAGGUGCCAGUGUGCGGGUGGUGAACCAGCUGCUUACGGAGAUGGAUGGACUGGAGACACGCAAGCAGGUCUUCAUCAUGGCCGCGACCAACAGGCCAGACAUCAUCGAUCCUGCUGUGCUGCGACCCGGACGUUUAGACAAAACGCUGUACGUCGGCUUACCUCCGCCUGCAGACCGCCACGCUAUCCUGCUCACCAUCACCAAGGGAGGAACCCGCCCAACCCUGGAGAAGGACGUGAACCUAGAAGAGAUCGCUCACGACAUCCGCUGUGACUGUUUCACCGGGGCUGAUCUGUCAGCAUUGGUGCGCGAGGCAUCCGUCAACGCACUCAGGGCUUAUCUGACGUCCCGCCCCUCUUCAACAUCCUCUGAUCACACUUUCUCCAGCGGUCCUGUGGCUGACAUCAAGGUCACCAGUCAGAACUUUGAAGACGCUUUCAAGAAAGUCCGGCCUUCUGUCUCUAAAAAGGACCAAAUGAUGUACGAACUGCUCAAGGAGUCUCUGACACGUUGAAAUGUGAUUGGAUUACAACAUUGACAACAGUCUGUGUUAAAGCUGUGUUAUCAUUGUAUGUAAACAUUUUUUUUGCCCUAUUGUAGAACAUGCCCACGCUGGAUUCUGAUUAAAGAGACCCAGCGUACUCCUCCUC